AUGACAGUGUCGUCGACCGCCGUUGAGGCCUCUGCGCCCUGUGCUGAAAUGGGACAUGACAUCCCAUAUCGCACACUGAGCAGGUCAAUGAUAUUCGCCAAUCUGGAUCAGUAUCAAUACUGGCAUCAAAUUGGCCCGGUGCUUGGCAAGAUGCUGGUGGAUGGGGAAUACAGCAUCCACCGCCAAUACGAGUACCUGUCGCUCUUUGCUCACUUGAUCAUCCCCAAGCUGGGGCCCUUCCCCAGCCCCGGGAGAGACAUCUACAGGUGUCUCCUCGGCAACAUUGGUGGUCCCUUCGAGCUCAGUCAGAACUUCCAGAGACUCGGCUCAACGGCUCGGCUCGCCUUCGAGCCCACGAGUUAUCUCGCCAGCACGAGUGCCGACCCAUUCAACCGCCACGCCGUCCACGCCACCCUGGCCGAACUGCGAAUGACCGGCUCGGCCACCGUCGACCUGGAGCUGCAUCACGCGCUCGCCGCCGACCUGACGCUGACGGACCGAAAUGAGCAGCUCCUGACCGCGGAGCUUGCCAAGACGAACUGGAAGAGCCAAAUUCUGCUUGCCCUGGACCUGAACAAGACGGGCAUCACGGUGAAGGAGUACUUCUAUCCGGCACUCAAAGCCGCGGCGACGGGCCACUCCGUCGCGGAGCUGUGCUUUUCUGCUAUCCGCAAGGUGGACGUGCAGGGCCGACUCGCGGCGCCAUGUAAAGCGAUCGAAGCCCACAUGCAGCGGCAGACCCAGACAGACAUCCACUUCCUGUCUGUAGACCUGGUCGAGCCCGGCACGACGCGCUUCAAACUGUACCUGAUGGAAUUGGAGGUGACGCUCGCCAAGCUCGAGGAGCACUGGACGCUCGGAGGAACGCUCACCGACAAGGAGACGAUGCGUGGUCUGCAGAUGAUCCGCGAGCUAUGGGUCGACCUUGAAAUCGUCGACGGCAAGCGGGCUGAACCCCAGCGGCCAUCGCUCCCCGGUGACCCUCUGAGCAUUGUGCCGUUCUUUAUGAACUACGAGAUAACCCCGGGGCAGCCUCUGCCCAAGCCUAAAUUCUACUUCCCCCUCAUCGGCAUCCCCGAGCUCAAGAUCGCGAAUGUGCUGGCAGCCUUCUUCGAGCGUCAUGGCAUGCAUGACCUGGCUAGGGUCUACCCGGAGAAUCUGCAAUCAUAUUACCCUGGCGAGGACUUGGCUAUUGCCACAGACCGCCAGGCAUGGUUGUCUAUCUCGUACACCGAGGAGAAAGGGCCGUACCUGACCAUGUACUACCACUAG